AUGGGUGAAUCGAGACAAGAACUUAUUCAAUGGCUCAACAGCCUCCUCCAGCUCAACAUGACCAAGGUCGAGCAAUGCGGCACUGGCGCUGCUCUCUGCCAGGUCUUCGACAGCAUAUAUAUGGAUGUGCCCAUGUCCAAAGUCAAGUUCAACGCCAAUGGUGAAUGGGCAUACGUGCAGAAUUUCAAAGUGUUACAAAGUAUGGACACCAUCCUUGAUCAUUUAUUUGCCAAGCAUCAAAUUGACAAGCCCAUCCCCGUCGAAGCUCUGAUCAAAUGCAAGAUGCAGGAUAACCUGGAGUUCCUGCAGUGGACCAAGAGGUUCUGGGACCUAAACUUCCCCGACCACGACUACGACGCUGUCUCACGGAGAAAGGGCGGCGGCAUUGCCAGCUCUACUGCCCCCAUCACCAGAGCUCCUGUCUCUACGGGCGCUGCCCGACGAGGCGGUGCUGCUGCCGCUGCCCCCCGAGUUCCCAAGGCUGCUGGUGUUGGCUCCGGCUCGGCCCAGUUGCAAGCAGAGAAUGCAACUCUCAAGGAGACCGUCACCGGUCUUGAGCGCGAGCGAGAUUUUUACUUUAGCAAGCUUCGAGACAUUGAGCUGCUGAUUCAGCAGGCGGUUGAGGAGGACCCUGAGCUCGAGAAGCAGGAGGACGGUCUAAUCAAGCAGAUUCAGCUCAUUCUGUACUCUACGGAAGAGGGAUUCGAGAUUCCUGAAGAGGGCGAGCCGCUUGAUGACCAGGAGACAUUUUGA